AUGGAUGACCUUUUGAAUCUCGAGCUCCUGUCCCUCGUUUCAAAAGUCACAUCCGAGCUGCAGAACCAUGUCGGCAUCAGUGACAAGACGCUCGCCGAGUUCCUCAUCGCACAGCGACUCGAGAGCACCUCCAGCGAUGACUUCCGCAAGAGGCUCGACGGGCUCAAUGCCGACUUCCCUGCCAGUCUGGUGGACAGUCUAGAUCGUCUGGUGGUUGCCAUGCACCCCAAGUUCAAAGGACAGAAUGGCGCUGCACACGACAAUGAGCACCAUCACCGGACGUUUGAAGAGAACGAAAAGGUGUUUGGCGGACUUGCUUUGCCCGACAAGCAAGUCGGCUACGACGACGGCGCGAACGCUAUCGACGAUACACUGGCGCUUCUAGAAGGGCUUGAGGGAAAAGCCAGAAAAGAGAAGAAAUCUCGGAAAAGGAGUAGAAGUCCAGACGAGGAGGGUAGAGAUUCGAGAUCGCGGAGGCAUAGAUCAAGAUCCCGAGACCGAAGGAAGCGAGACAAGCACAGAUCGCGGUCGCGGUCGCUUGAUGAAGGAAAUGAAGACUGGCGGGAUGGAUUUCGGGAUUCGAGAAAAUCGCGAAGUCGGCGGAAGUACGACGAUUUUGAUGGCGACGACCACGACGAGUUUCGCCGCGCUCCCGCACCAGAAAUGGACGACGAACCCAUUUUGAACAAGAUUUACGAAGGCCAUGUCACUGGUAUCAAGGAUUUUGGCGCUUUUGUCAACUUGCAUCACGUCAGAGGAAAGGUCGAUGGCCUGGUUCACAUCUCUCGCAUUGUCUCUGGUCAGCGUGUAAACCAUCCUUCCGAUCUGCUCUCCAGCGGCCAGCAAGUCUGGGUGAAGGUGAUUAGCAUCGAGGGUCGCAAAAUCGGAUUAGCCAUGAAGGACGUUGACCAAGAGACUGGCAUGGAUCUCCAACCACAAGCACGACUUACAACCGGCGCAAAUAUGGAGGCUCUUGGUGGCGGUGGAAGAAACGGGUUUGUCGACAGUGCUCCAGCAAUGCCUCGCGAUAGCUUGGGCCCUCCUAGACGACAAAAGAAGAGAAUGACCUCACCGGAACGCUGGGAGAUUCGACAGCUUAUUGCCUCGGGAGUAGCCAAAGCGUCAGAUUAUCCCGAUCUCGAAGAGGACUAUAAUGCAACGCUGCGUGGAGACGGCGAAAUGGAAUUGGAGGAGGAUAUUGACAUUGAAGUCCGAGAAGAAGAGCCGCCGUUUUUGGCUGGUCAGACCAAGCAAUCUCUUGAGCUUUCGCCAAUUCGAGUCGUCAAAGCCCCUGAUGGAUCCAUGAACAGAGCUGCCAUGGCCGGCACAUCACUAGCCAAGGAGAGAAAGGAGCUCAAACAGAAAGAGGCGGAAGAGGCUGCUAAGGAAGAAUCAAAGGAGAGCUUAUCGGCUCAAUGGAACGAUCCGAUGGCCGAUCCCGACAAACGCAAGUUUGCCAGCGACCUAAGGAAUGCACGAAUGAAUGCCAAACCGGAUGAAGAGCCUGAAUGGAAAAGGGCAGUUAUUCCCAAGGGACAAUCGCUGGGCAAGCGAACAAAUCUCAGUAUCAAGGAACAGCGAGAAACUCUGCCCGUCUUUGCGUUCCGCUCGCAACUGAUAAAAGCAGUGCGAGAGAACCAGAUCUUGAUCGUUGUCGGAGAGACUGGCUCGGGAAAGACGACGCAACUGACCCAAUACCUGGCAGAGGCUGGAUUCGCCGAAAAUGGCAUCAUUGGCUGUACGCAACCUCGUCGUGUCGCCGCCAUGUCGGUUGCGAAGCGUGUGGCGGAAGAGGUUGGCUGUAAACUGGGCGAAGAAGUUGGAUACAAUGUUCGUUUCGACGACUGCACCAGUCCUGCUACAAGAAUCAAGUACAUGACAGACGGCAUGCUGGAGAGAGAGAUUCUUAUGGACCCUGACAUGAAGCGAUACUCUUGCAUUAUGCUUGACGAGGCACACGAGCGAACGAUUUCUACAGAUGUUCUGUUUGCGCUGCUCAAGAAGGCACUGAAGAGGAGGCCGGACAUGAAAGUUAUUGUCACCUCAGCCACCCUUGAUGCUGAUAAGUUUUCUGCUUAUUUCAACGAAUGCCCCAUCUUCACGAUUCCGGGCCGAACAUUCCCCGUCGAAAUUUUAUACUCUCGCGAGCCCGAGUCCGAUUACUUGGACGCUGCGCUUGUUACAGUGAUGCAGAUUCAUCUGACAGAGCCCAAGGGCGACAUUCUACUCUUCUUGACUGGUCAGGAGGAAAUCGACACGUCAUGCGAGAUUUUGUACGAAAGAAUGAAGGCUCUUGGGCCUAGUGUUCCAGACUUGCUCAUCCUGCCCGUGUAUGCGCAGCUUCCUAGCGAGAUGCAGAGCCGAAUUUUCGACCCAGCGCCUCCUGGAAGUCGAAAGGUUGUCAUUGCUACGAAUAUCGCCGAGACCUCCAUCACCAUUGACGAGAUUUACUACGUUGUCGAUCCUGGAUUUGUCAAGCAAAAUGCGUAUGACCCCAAGCUCGGAAUGGAUUCUCUGGUCGUCACGCCCAUCUCCCAGGCCCAAGCAAAUCAGCGAGCUGGUCGAGCCGGCCGAACUGGCCCUGGCAAGUGUUUCCGUCUGUAUACAGAGGCUGCCUACCAGUCUGAAAUGUUGCCAACAACUAUCCCUGAGAUUCAGAGACAAAACUUGGCGCACACCAUUUUGAUGCUCAAGGCUAUGGGAAUCAAUGACCUAUUGCAUUUUGACUUUAUGGACCCGCCUCCCAUCAACACUAUGUUGACAGCUUUGGAAGAACUGUACGCCUUGAGCGCACUGGACGAUGAAGGCCUGCUGACUCGUCUGGGCCGAAAGAUGGCUGAUUUCCCUAUGGAGCCGUCGCUGGCUAAAGUGCUCAUUGCCGCCGUCGACUAUAAAUGUUCCGACGAGAUGCUGAGCCUUGUCGCCAUGCUGAACUUGCCCAACGUAUUUUAUCGACCCAAAGAGAAGCAGUCGCAGGCUGAUCAAAAGAAAUCCAAGUUUCACGAUCCGCACGGAGACCAUCUGACGCUCCUCAAUGUAUAUAAUGCUUGGAAACACAGCGGCUAUUCUAACCCUUGGUGUUUCGAGAACUUCAUCCAGGCGCGAUCCAUGCGCCGGGCUAAGGAUGUCCGAGAUCAGCUCGUCAAGAUCAUGGACCGCUACAAACACCCCAUUGUAUCCUGUGGACGCAGCACAGAAAAGGUCCGCCAAGCUCUCUGCACGGGAUUCUUCCGCAACGCAGCGCGCAAGGACCCCCAGGAGGGCUACAAGACUCUCACGGAGGGCACACCGGUGUAUCUUCACCCUAGCUCCGCUCUGUUUGGAAAGCAGGCGGAAUGGAUCAUCUACCAUACGCUCGUGCUGACGACCAAGGAGUACAUGCACUGCACGACGAGCAUCGAGCCAAAGUGGCUGGUGGAAGCGGCGCCGACGUUCUUCAAGGUGGCGCCUACGGAUAGACUGAGCAAGCGGAAACAGGCUGAGAGGAUUCAGCCACUGUAUAAUAAAUUUGCGGGCGAGGAUGACUGGAGACUUAGUGCCCAGAAAAGGGGUGGAAGAGGUGGCGGUGGUGGUACAUGGGGUUAG